GAUGUGUCGAUUCUACACAUCGCACUGGUUUUUACUCAAAAAGCCAUCCAAUGCGUAAACUAAUCGCCACCAGUCUCGGACUUAGACGUCAAACGGAAAGGAAAAAACAUGCGGUUUUGUGCAAGUUAGUUUGGUGAAUUUUCUGCAUAUUUGAACGGACUCUAAGCACUCGGUCGCUUGCAAAUAUGAAGCAGAAGGUGUUCGAAUCGGAUGCAUCCGGAACCUCUGCCGAAAGAUGUUACGCUGGAUGGCAGCUUACUGUCCAUCCGGCGCCAGACGAACUGGUGCAGCAUUUCAAAACGAGGCCCGGCAGAUUGAGCAGCGAACCAGGUUCGAAUUGGAACUCGAGCAGUGGAUCUAACACCUACAGAAGUGCAAAACGCGGGACGAUGCUGAACGUGGUCAACCGGUAACAAAGACGGAAAAGUCGAUGAUAUCUGUCACGACUCCAGCGAUACAUCGGAUUGCGAGAGUGAGUCCCAUUACUCAAGUGCGUCUCAAAUUUCACACGCUGGCUCUGUAAACACCAUCACCACCAUGCAAGUGCUGGAGUAUGAAGUGGCGAGUGCCACCCAGUCCGAAAACGAAACCUCCGACGGAACAUCCAGCGGAACUGAUGACUACAUCUUGGCUGCAUUUGCGCAAGCCGUUGCGGACAAUUCAUCUGCUAGCGAGUUUGCGAUACUGGCGGACACUGAGGAGUCCGACGAUCAAUCAUGGGAUAACGACUUUACUCCAGCAGACUACUGGAAAUGUGUCAAGUGUAAAAAUAAGCAAAACAAUCCCAUGUAUCGUUACUGUGAAAAAUGCUAUCAGGUACGUAAAAGUUUGUUUCCACCGCGUCCAAAAUUAAGGCGCAAAAUACCUUCCAAAGAUGAAGAUCUAUCGGAUAGCAGUACAACGUCAUCAUCGUCGUCGUCGUCAUCGCUAGAUUUAGUGUUUCCACAUUCAGGACCUAAUCCGAGCUUAGGUUCAAGUGUGGUUAAAACCAAUAAAAUCCAUGCUCAAAACAAGAGGGUUAAAAAUACAGCUCGUAAAACGUUACAAGAUAGCGUUCGGAAAGUGGCACUCAAAGAGGUAGAUUUUAUGCCAAAAGCAAGGGAAGUCUGUUCCAUGCAAAGCCCAAUAAAUUUGGAGAAAAGCACGUCUCAUUUUGUGAACAAUUUUGAACAUGACAAAGGUAGAAAAAGGCGCGUAUCAAACUGUGUUUUUACUAAUCACACACGUAUUAAUAAAAAACGUUGUGACGAAAGUUCAAUGAAACUUCAAUCUGAAGGAGUGAAAAAUCUUCAUUUCGAGUUGUUGAAAGAUUCUGGGUUCAGUUCUUGUUCUAGCCAGGAACGAACUCCCAUGGAAGAGAAAAAUCUUCAGUUCUGUGACGUCAGCUCGCAGGAAAUUGUACUGAAUGUAAAUAAAAUAGAAGAUAAAGACAAAAAUGCUAGGACAGGCUCGGAAGCUUUGAGGGCAAACUCGCAACCUGUUACCGACUUACCAACUAAUGCAGGUUUGGAGAGUGAUCGGCUCACAAUAGGUCGGAUAGACAAAAGUCGGUCAGAGGGUAUGCUGGAAUUGCAUUCUUCUGACCUAAGCGCAACGCUUGCCAACUCGGAGAAUAAUUUAGGAUUUUGUAUUUUCUGUUUGUCGGAACCAAAGAAUAGCGUAUUUGUGCAUAGCAACUUUGUGCAUCUUUGCUGUUGUUAUAAAUGUGCCAUCAAGGUGUGGAAACAGCGAAAAGCAUGUCCAAUAUGUAAUUGUAAAGUUAAAAAUGUGAUGAAACUUUUUGUACAUUGAUGGGCUAAGAAUAUAGAUUUUUGGUCACUCUAUUCGACUCAAGGAUUUUCUGUAGCAACACAUUGGAUUCAUAAGCUGAAUAUUAUUAAUUUUAAAGAUUGGUUCUGUAAUGCAUUCGAAUCGAAUGAUCGUUCAGCAAUUUUCUACUGUAUUUCAAGAAUACAUUUAACCCUCUAACGCCCAGAGCUGUUUGCUUAUCGUAAAAAAAGUAAAUGGCUAAAUUUUGGUACAAUAUUGCAGGAAAUACUUAACUUUGACCCAUACACAUCGAAUUGGUGCAAAAAAGUUGAAUUUGAAGUGGUGCACCAGAGCACCAUCAGGAAGAUGAGCAACUUUUUUUUAAAUCACAAAAUCUUGUUUUCUUCAAAUCUAUUGGUUCAGUUGUUUGAAAAUGCUUCGAAAUGUGUUAGAAACUACUUAUUCUUUGCUGUAAGACCAUAUUUCUGAAGUAUGAAUUACAAAUUCAAAAAUCUCUGCAUUUUCAGAUUUCUUUGAUUGGUUCAUUCAAAACUCACAAACAACCAUUUUCAUGAAAAAUAAUAAUAAUAAAACCAUCGGUCUAAUAACAAUGUUUUGUCUUGUUUAUGAAUAGUCAAAACGUUUAUAAACUUUUGUUGUGGUAAAAAUAAGCUUUUUCUGUAAUUUAGAAAAAAGUGCUCCUAAAUAUUUAGUUGCUCAUAUGCCUAGGUGGUGCUCUGGUGCACCAAAUGAAAAAAGGUUGAAAAACACUCAAAAUUGGUCCAAACUCACAAUGUUAUUCACAGGGGUUCUUGUCCAAGGUUCAAAUGAUAGCAAAACAUUUUUUGUUUCAUAAAAUUUUGUGUUUGGUAAUUUUUACGGGCUUUUGAAAACAGGUCUUAUUUAUUUCCCUAAAAUUUGACCAUUUUUGUUUACAUUUCGUACUGUAACUUUGCUUGUGCUUGACCAAAUUUGAUAAAAUUUAGGGAGAUGAUAGUAUACAUUCUACGUGAACACCUGCAACUUGAAGCACAAUGAAAAGUUGUGUCAGUUCCGAGAUAUUUGAGUUCAAAGUUUUGGUGCUCUGGAGUAACCAUGGGCGGGAGAGGGUUAAAAAUAAGAUUAGCCGGUGGCAAUGUACGGCAAAUUUGACCAGAUUCUCGGCGAAAAAUGACAGAAGUGCCGAAGUUUGCAAUACUAACUUAAAUUUUCUUGUUUUGCUAAAACUGAUCAAAAAUCAAAUUAUUCGCUCUACAGCAUUGUCUUGGCGUUCUCGAUUGCAAGAUUCCUACUCGAAACUAAGUGUCCGAAGGCUUGAUUGUUGAGGCAAUUGCAAACCUCUUUUUACACCUUAGCUUCCAUCCACCCCGGGAUUCGAACUGACGACCUUUGGAUCCAACUGCCUAUCAGCGACUCCACCGAGACAGGACCCAGGGAGACGACUCCUACACCUGGACUGAGCUAACGACCUAACCUUUUUUUUGGUUAGUCCGGGGCCAAUAUUUACUUCCCGUCCGACGGAAGGCGUGAUCAGACAAAUCUCGUCUCGAAAAAUGCCACCGGGACCUUCUGGGAUCGAACCCAGGCCGACUGGGUGAGAGGCAAUCACGCUUACCCCUACACCACGGGUCCAGGGUUGCUAAAACUGAGUGUGUAGUUAUUUUGCGCUAAAUAUUGUUAAACUGUCCUGAAAAAUUUGAAAUUUUCCCAAAAUGGUCAAAGCAAGCUGAGGUUUUCCGCUAUCACUCACAAAACAAAUAAGAAGUGGUUGCCUGCAGGGGUCGGUUGUGAAGAGGUGAGCGUGGUUGCCUCUCACUCCAGUCGGCCUGGGUUCAAUCUCAUUCGACCCCGUCCGCAUUUCUUAAGACGAGAAAUGUGUCAUACCGCCUUCCAUCGGAUGGGGCCUCAGUUGUUGUUAGGUCUUUAGAUCAUUCCAGGUGCAGAAGUCGUCUCCCUUGUAUAUGUACAAGCAACACAUCAAGCCGAGCAUACGGUAGAGACGCUGGUCGGCGGUUAGACACGAAUUCUAAAGGUCGUCAGUUUGAAUCCCGGGGUGGAGGGGUCCAUAUAGUAAUCUAGUCACAUAAAUUCGAAUUCUGAAACGGAAUCUAAUUAGAAUCGUAUACGAAUUCCAUUUCAAACGCAACAACCGCUUCCAUGCUCUAUGUUGCGUUUGAACCGAAAUUGCGAAUUGCCAUUCUAAUAAGAUUCCGUUUCAGAAUUCAGACUGGGAAGAAGAGGUUUAGAUGCUCUAUCCAUUCUUUUUUUUCUUUGAUUCUCUGGAGUGCCUAGGACCAAGCGGAAAUUAUUUGUUUAUCGAAUGCACAAAGAUUCAAGUUAGUGAAUCCGUAAUUCUGCAAUUACAUUUUUAAUGUACCGUCAUCAGCUGUCGGGGGGAGAGAUUGAGUCAUAAAAAUUUCAGCAUUUUGGUGACCCAAUCUCGUGGCAGGCCAAGGAUUGAUACCUAAGAGCAUGCAAUGGCACUGACCUUGUUGCGUACUCUUCGGUUGACAUCCAGGUAACUUACCUGAGGUAAGGAACAUCCUGGAAGGAUCGCAACUAACCAAAUCCGUAGUUCUGUUAGAUCAUUCGAAUUAUCUUGAUCAGAACAGUACAGCUCUGGUUCCUUGCAAGUGUCCUAUUUUCUUACCUCCACGUUGGCUUGGUUUAGCCAUCAUGAUGACAAAGUGUAACCUAGCUAGUGGCCUGUGGAAACGGUUCGUAAACCUUUAGCCACCGCGGGUCAGAGUCGAGACGGCUAAAAGAAAGGGGCGCGACAAUUUGGGAAAGAGAAGUAAUUUGUAUUGUCUACGGUAUUGUUUUGAUUCGCAGUAUGUUGAGUCAACUGCUGUGGAUGUACCUGAAACAUCACUGAACGGAGUUUCUAUUCUUUCCAUUUUUAUCUACCAUCUAUCUUCUGUUUUUGUUUUGCUCAACAGAUUCAAACUUAUUCACUGAUUCUUCUGUUUCUUUACUAUCCACAAUUUGGUUUUGAUUUUAUUAACUCUUGAUUCUCUUAACUCUCAACGCUUUUCCACUAUAUUUGACUAACUAAUACUGCUGUAACAAACUGUCAGUUUUCCCUUAAUUUGGUAGCAAUGUCAAUUCGGUUUAUCAUUUGCCUUUUCUUUAUAUAUCUAGAGUUUUUUUUAUUAGGUCCUAUAAACAUAUAAAAGACAAUAGUUUAUUGGUCCUUUAAAAAAAACUCUGGAUAUCUAUUUGAAUAAUUUCAUCUGUCCUAUAAGUUGUUCUUAAUACAAUCUAAGCUAACCUCUAUUUUUUAACUAUUAUUUAUUUCUACACUGAAAAUACGCCACACGUUUAAUUCAAGUGCCCAAACACUUGAAUAAUUGAAUAAAGCCACAUCAUAGAUUUAAUUGAUUUGUGUUUCAACAUCAAUCCAAACCACUAUCAAAUGCAAGUGUUUGGGCGAUUGACUUUUUUGGUAUUUUUUGACAUGUUAUUGUCGUUGGGGUGGCUCAAGCUUUUCAAGUGUUUUGCUCAUGAAUUUGUCCCACUGCCUUGAACUAUUCAAAGUGAUGAGGAAAACACUUGAAAUUAAUCUUAAGAUCUACCCAAAACAGGCACUGUUCAAAGUCAACGUGAUUUUCCUCUUGAAUUUAAUAUGUUUCACUGAAAUUUCAAGUGUUUUGCGAUUUAUAUUUGAGUGCUCUGUACAGCAGGGCCAGAUCAAGUGCGAAACACUUCGAUGCGCUGUGGGAGUUUUGCUCAGUGUACAUCUACUACAUAAAUCACUACACUGAGCAAAACUCACACAGCGCAUCGAAGUGUUUCGCACAUGAUCUGACCCUGCAGUACAGAGCACUUAAAUAUCAAUCGCAAAACAGUCGAAAUUCAAAUAAUUUCAAUAGCCAAACACUUGAAUUUUAAAUGGUGUUGAAAAAUUAUAGUACGUACAAGCGAUAUACAGGUUCUCGUUUGCUAGUCGUGCACGCUACCACUGCGCCUGCCGGCCAGUUGAAAACGGGAGAGUUUUUUGUGCUACUCGUUCUAGCCUCGCUUCAACUCAUCGAUAAAAGUCACGCUAAAAUCAAUCAGUGAAACACAUUAAAUUCAAGUGGAAAAUCACGUUGACUUUGAAUAGUGCUUGUUUUGUAUAGGUCUUAAGAUCAAUUUCAAGUGUUUUCCCCAUCACUUUGAAUAGUUCAAGACAGUGGGACAAAUUCAUGAGCAAAACACUUGAAAAGCUUGAGCCACCCGAAUGACAAUAACGUGUCAAAAAAUACCAAAAAGUUAAUCGCCCAAACACUUGCAUUUGAUAGUGAUUUGGAUUGAUGUUGAAACACAAACCAAUUAGAUCUAUGAUGUGGCUUUAUUCAAUAAUUCAUGCGUUUGGGCCGUUUGGGCACUUGAAUAAAAAGGGUGGCGUAUUUUCAGUGUAUCAUUCUUUUACUAUUGAUUCUUUACAUAGUAUAUCUACUUCACUGUCCAUUGUUUUGAAUCUUCACCUUUUUCUUGAGCAAGUGAGGUUCGAGCCUGUACUCAAUUCAUGGAAUGAUUAAAAAAUUAACACUAAUAUUUCUGUUGUACUUUUGAAAAUCCUUUAUAAAAUGCUUAGGACCAAAAUAUUGUAACAAAACACCGCGACAAAAGAAAUAGCAACAGAUAAACUCGACUCAACAAUAGGGAAGAUUUCAGAAGAAAUGAUACACAGUAAAAUAACAAUUAGUUUUUGAAUUCAAACUAACAAGAAAACAGUUUUUGCUUUAAUGAAAAUUGAUAGGCACACUAUUAAUGGUUAGGCGCUUAUACUUACAUCAAACCCUACGCAACGAGUUCAAAUGCGUAACCGGAACAGGUGCGAAUGCCUGACACGAACACUCAAAGCGUGUUCUAGCGUGUUGCUCGUACUGACUCAGAGCAAGGGUGAGAUGUAGGUGUAAGGGUAGUGCGUGUUCAUCGGGAACCUGGUGCAUAAGAUCGGUCAAGGCCCGUUCUUACACUGAAAAUUGCGAAUUGCGAAUUUUGGUGACCCAAUCUCACCCCCUAGUCCCAAUGACUCAAUCUUUAUUUCUCCUCGUUUUUUUACACUUGCUGAUGAAGUUUCAAAAUGAUUCAAUAUCGGUUUGCCAAACGAAGUCUGUUAAAUCUACAAUUUAAAAAUCUUGUAUGUUGUAUGUAUAUAUGUUGUAUUUUGCAAAGGGGUCGUCGCGGCAUUAUGAUUUGGAAACUAUUCUCGUAAGCGUAACUGUUAAUCGGUGAAUUUAUUAGCAAUCAUUGCUAGUAUACACGCAACUGGCAGUCGCAUGAUUGUGAUGCAUGGCGGCAUGAAAGUAUAUCAGAAUCUGCAUGAAGAUUCUAUGACAAUUUCCGGAAUUCCAUUUCCCGGAAUGGACGUUUUCCGGAUUGGACAUUAUCCGGAAUGGACGUUUUCCGGAAUGGACGUUAUCCGGAAUGGAAAUUAUCCGGAAUGGACGUUAUUCGGAAUGAAAUUUCCCGGAAUGGACGUUUCCCGGAAUGGACACUUCCCGGAAAAUUAGUUUUUUUUUUAUAUUACCUGAUAUGAGAAUGAAUGGAAUCUUGCCUACUCGCUUACUUGUGGUUAAGAAUUAUUUAGUUUGUACCCCGUUGGUUUGACCUAGUCACAUUGAAGGAACUCGAUAUUUUGACAACAUGAAUGAUAAAAAGAAAGUAAAAUUUUCGGACACUAACAAUAGAUGCUAGCGUUAACUAUUGAAACAAUACUUUAUCAACCACCACGAGAUGUAACAAUGUAGAUCGAUAGAUAUUAGAUGUUUUUAACAUUCUUUCAAUGUGUUGUUACUUUAAAAAUUUUCCUUCUUUUGUUACUCAGUUGACUUUUGUGAAUAAAUUGUACCAAUUUUUAGUAGGUAUUCAAAAAAGGGCAAACCUCAAGAAAAUAAAAAGCUUUUCAGAAAUUCAAUGUAUAAUGUGUACUUUUUUGAGGUUUUCCCUUCUUUAAAAAUACGCGAUCUUUCAUCAAAGUAAUGGGAUUUUAUAUAAGAAUUUUCCCUUCUCUUGUUAAUUCAACUAAAUUUUACCAAGUUUUCAAUAAAGGCUUCUGCACUAUAAAGCAGAGUCCGGGAACCGUGGUGUAGGGGUAAUCGAAGUUGCCUCUCACCCAGUCGGCCUGGGUUCGAUUCUAGACGGUCCCGGUGGUGGCAUUUUUCGAGACGAGAUUUGUCUGAUCAUGCCUUCGGACGGGGAAGUAAAUGUUUGCCCCGGUCUAACCUAGAGGUUAGAUCGAUAGCUCAGUCCAGGUGUAGGAGUCGUCUUUCUGGGUCCUGUCUCGGUUUAGUCGCUGGUAGGCAGUUUAACUCACAAUCCAAAAGUCGUCAGUUCGAAUCCCGGGGCGGAUGGAAGCUCAGGUGUAAAAAGAGGUAUGCAAUUGCCUCAACAAUCAAGCCUUCGGACACCUAGUUUCGAGUAGGAAUCUCGCAAUCGAGAACGUCAAGGCAAUGCUGUAGAGCGAACAAUUUUUUGUAUUUGCUAUAAAGCAGAAUGUUUUUUUUUUCAAAGAAGGGACAACCUUGGUAAAACCUCUAGAAAAUGAAAAGCUUUUCAGAAAAUCAAUGUAUAACGUGUAUUUUCUUGAGGUUUUCCCUUCUUUAAAAAUACACGAUCUUUUAUCAAUGUGAUGGGAUUUCGCGUAAGAGAUUUCCCUUCUUGUGUUAAUCAGUUAACUAUUGUGACUAAAUUCUACCAAAUUUUACUAUAAAGCAGGAUGAUUAUUUUCAAAGAAGGGAAAACCUCUAGAAAAUAAAAAGCUUGAGUGUAUUUUUAAAGAAUGAAAAACCUCAAGGAAGUACAUAUUAUAAAUUGAUUUUCUGAAAAGCUGUUUAUUUUCUAGAGGUUUUCCCUUCUUUGAAAAUAAACAUUCUGCUUUAUAAUAAAAUUUGGUAGAAUUUAGUCACAAAAGUCAACUGAAUAACACAAGAAGAGAAAUCUCUUACACGAAAUUCAAUCACAUCGAUUAAAGAUCGUGUAUUUUUAAAGAAGUGAAAACCUCAAGAAAAUACACAUUAUACAUUGAUUUUCUGAAAGCUUUUUUUUCUAGAGGAUUUCAAUUCUUAAAAAAAAAAACAUUCUUCUUUAUAGUGCAGAGCUCCUUAACGAAAAACUAGUUGAAAUUUAGUAGAAUUAACAAAAGAAGGGAAAAUUCUUACAUAAAAUCCCUUUACUUUGAUGAAAGAUCGUGUAUUUUUAAAGAAGGGAAAAUCUCAAGAAAAAAAGCUAUCAGAAAAACAAAGUAUAAUGUGUAUUUUCUUAAAGCAGAAUGAUUAUUUUCAAAGAAGGGAAAACCUCUAGAAAAUAAAAAGCUUUUCAGAAAAUCAAUGUAUAAUGUUUACUUCCUUGAGGUUUUUCAUUCUUUAUAAAUACACUCAAGCUAUUUAUUUUCUUGACAGGCCACACAUUGAUUUUCUGAAAAGCUUUUUAUUUUCUUGAGGAUUUCCCUUCUUUGAAAAUAAUCAUUCUACUUAAUAGUAAAAUUUGGUAGAAUUUAGUCACAUAAGGCAAAUGAUUAACAAAAGAAGGGAAAAUUCUUACAUAACAACACAUUGAAAGAAUGUUAAAAACAUCUAGUGUUUGUCUAAUAUCUAUCGAUCUACAUUGUUACAUCUCGUGGUGGUUAAUAAUAGUAGUUUAUGCAACAAGUUACAAAAAGAGGAUUUUUUCAGCACGAAUCGUACAUUUAUCUAACGAGGUUCACCGAGUUGGAUAAAUACGACGAGUGCUGAAAAUAUCAAGUUUUGCAACGAGUUCCAUACAACAUUUUUUGCAAUUUCGAAAAACACCCAUUGAGUGAAAUUUUAAGUCGAAUUUUCAUGUAUUUUGUCAAUAAAUCGUUUAAAUAAAAAAAAUGUUGAAAAGUAUUACUUUUCGAAACAAGUGCUAAAAAGUUCAACUUUUCAGCACCCAUUUCAGUGCUGAAAAGUAGAACUUUUCAGCAUUUAUUUUGAAAAGUGUUGCUAUUCGAUUCUGUUAUUUUUGGUACAGAAAAGUAGGCUAUUUCGUUGUUCAAGAAUGACAGGAAAAGUAAGUAGUUUCACGGCGAAAUUGCAAAAAGUAUUGUUUCAAUAGUCAACGCUUGCUUCUAUUGUUCAUGUCCGAUCAUUUCACUUUCUUUUUAUCAUUCAUGUAUUUACAUUCAUAUUGUUUUCAAAAUAUCGAGUUCCUUCAAUGUGACUAGGUGAAACAAACUAAAUAAUUCUUAACCACAAGUAAGCGAGUAGGCAAGAUUCCAUUCAUUCUCAUAUCAGGUAAUAUAAAAAAAACUAAUUUUCCGGGAAAUGUCCAUUCCGGGAAAUUUCAUUCCGGAUAACGUCCAUUACGGAUAAUGUCCAUUCCGGAUAACGUCCAUUCCGGAAAACGUCCAUUCUGGAUAAUGUCCAUUCCGGAAAACGUCCAUUCCGGGAAACGGAAUUCCGGAAAUUGUCAUAGAAUCUGCAUGAAAACUGUCCUCAUGCAUUUUUUGCGAUAUAGGAGUAUGACAUUUUUGCCCGUUACCGACAAUUAUCGACAUUACCGACGGCUUUUUGGUUGUAUUAAAAAAAAAAAAAAACACUGCGCAGAACGAGGAUUGAACCACCAACUUCUUGGUUAUUUGAUCCGACACGCUACCACCGCGCCAUGGACGCUUGACGAAAAUGGAGUGAAAGAGAACCAACAUAUGCUUCUCUUUGGAGUGUUGCUCGGGGACGGGCCAGCAUUGUAUGUGUUGGUGAGAACAUCAGAUAGCUGAAAUUUUUACACGCGGGCAAAAAUGAUCUACGGGCUUGCUGCAAAAAAUGUUAUAAAAUGUGACAUUUUCUGCCGCAAAUCCAAUGUUGCAGAUUUUGAGAUAUAUUUUUCCUUUGGGUGUAAGCUUACAUUUUGAUACUGGCCCUUGACUUUGAAUUUCAAAUGGGGUUUACUCUCAAAUAUUUCAUUUUCACAAGCUCCAUAUAGGGGAAAUUCUCGUUAGUUUGGCAAAUUAAGGAUUCGGUCCUAAUUCCGUCCAAUUUUCAAAUUCUCACUAUUGAAACAAAUUGUGUUGCAACUGUUUUGAUAGAGCCUUGCUUGCUCACUCCCCAUUAAGCUUUUUAUUGCUUUAUGGACUAAAAUGGCUUUUUAGAAGCUGUAAUCAAGUGCUGAUAUGCCAACAUUAGGUGCCCGAUGGAAGCAAACAACGUACAACUUUGACAGUUGAGGUUUUAAAAACGGUUAUCGAGAAUUUAAAAGUGAAACACGGAGGCUUGGUUGCCGUGGUAAAUGUAUUCAUAUUCAUUGUAUUCAUUGAAACAUGGAGUUAAAUUUUCUAUCCAGUUUCUGUGAAGUUUUCCAUACCGCUAGGAAAGUUUCUCUCCAUGUUACCGGCUCACAUCUCUCUUUUUAAUCUCUCGAUAGCCGAAAGGGGUAUAUUUUUGUGUGUAGGGGAAAGUGGGGCAAGUAUAACAAGCUAAGGAAAUGCUCGUUAUAACCCAUCAAAAACGUUAAAAAAUCUGUCGGAUUUUUUUUAUAAUCAUCUUAUUCCAGGUCUUGACUAAGGCUUUGAUGAGCAAGUUUUUAAAAAAAUCCAGUUUUUUAAUGUAAAAAAUUGAUUUUAAAAAUUUCUAUUUUCCGUUCGUUGUGGGGCAAGACGAACAACCCGUUGGGGCAAGAGGAACAAUGCAUGAAACAACAAUUGAACUGUUAUCACUUAGAUACAUCAGAUUAGAAUGUAUUUGAAACGUUUCUUUCAUUUUUAGAUUAAAUAAUAAUAUUUUACUAAAAAUUUGAUCGUUUUUAGGAAAAAAAAUAUUACUUCGAUGAAAAUAAGGAAAUUUUCAUAAUAUCAUUAUAUUUUGCAUGGACAAUUUUUUUUAACAAUUGUUUAUCAAUUUUUAAGUACUUUUAUGUAUUUUUUUCCCAAUAAAAUAUGUUCUUGCAGCAAUUCGUAUUUCUUCCAUACUAAAAAUCCAUAUGGUACACUUGCCCCACCUGAACAAGAUUUUUUAAAUGCUCUCAACAAAAAUAACUAAACGUUAAAUCAUACUUUAUAAUAGGUGCAAGUCAUUGGUAGGGACACUACUGAUCUAGAAAAAAUAGCAUUUUGAUAAAAUGAGCCUUAAAACGAACCCUAAGCCUUAUUUUGUACCAUCCAAAUAUUAUAAGAAAACAAAGGUUUUGAAAAAAAAACUUCUUUAAAUCGUAUGCCCCUUGGCGGUUAUGUGGUAGUAGAAUCAGCCAAUUGCAUUGCUAGCAACAAUUCCUAAUACUGGAAAUACCAAAAAUUGUAAAAAUUACGGCCGUACGAGCGAUUGUUCCUCUUGCCCCAUAUGGUCGUCUUGCCCCACCUUCCCCUACUAUUGUGCGUCCACGUGUUUUGUGAAUGGCCCUUGAAACUUUGCAAAGUUGUUUUCAAAAAGAAGCUGGGACGGUUACUCGAUGGUACAUUAUACAUUCUCAAAAAUACUUUUUGUGUGUAUAAAGAUUUUUUUACUGUAUCGAAAUGAUUUGGAGUACCGAUUAUAAUUGUGUACAUAAAUAUAGUUUUUCAAAUUAUUAUACAAAUUCUAGUGCAAAUUAUGUUUGUACAACAAACAUUCUCAGUUUAUAACGUUUCUUAAAACAUGAAAAAAAGUAUCAAAUCAUAAAUAAAUAUUAUUUUCAGAUGGUUGAUGCAUAACAA